AUGAGCAGUGAGGAAGUCGCGGAGCUCUUGUUUACCCCAUUCAUUGUACCCUACUGGCGGAGACAACUCGGAAUGUCGAGGAUGACUUGGUUCCAUUAUACUACUAUCGCCCUCGCUUCCAAUAUAGAAUCCCGCUCGGACAAAAAAGUCGGGGUCACCGAACAAAAGAUCGUGACGCCUACUUUCAUGGACUCGGGAAGCGUGGAUUGCUGCCCACAGAUGGAGCCACCAGCAAAGAAGCCGCGGCUGCCGCACCCGAAGGGGGACCCUGAGGUAGCGGCGCAGAACAAAGAAAUACAGGCGCAGCGCAAAGUGGCCGCCAGAAAAAUAAGCAGACAAGCCGAGAGAAAUGAAGCCCAUAUGCAAAAGUUUUCGCUGCCUGCGGACGGCUUCUAUCUUCACAAGCUUGAUGAGUGUGUUGUCAAGGAUGCAGUGGCUAGUUAUGAUAAGGUCAAGGAGGGGUUCGCGGAAAAGAAGAGGAGAAAUGGAUGGACGACUUACUUCGGAACGGACACGACCGCGCAGGCAAAGCGAAGUGGGCGAUGGAUGAACGCCAAACUUAAACUUAAGCUUUCUACACAUGCAAAUUUAAGCAACAUCACAGGUACAGGAUACUACGACGCUAUUUGGAGUUCGCCCCCUUGCGAGAAAUUCUCUCAUCUCCGCCGUUCUUGGAUUGGACGCAAGUUGAAAGCCUUUGGAGACGUGCCCGUGACUCCCGAGAUGCUCAACGAGGAUAUGGUUCAACAGCAACGCAAAUCGGCACCGUGA